AGUUUAAUUUAACUUUUUUUAAUUAUGUAUAAAACUAUCAUAAAUAUCGAUCCUUGUGGAAUGAUUCACAUGUCAACCGUUCACAUAGAGGGCUCAGACAUCCUAUGACAACAAAGUUUGAAUUGGUGUCGUUUAUUGCGCAUCGAUAAAUUGCGUAUUAAACAUCACCUUUGGAGUCAGAAAUUCGUGCAAAAAUAGUGAGAUUAACAACAUUUAGAUAUUUAUAACCUUAUUUAUUUUAUUUUCGUAGUAUUCAAAGGAAUUACGAAAACAUUCUAAAUUCAUUAUCACUAUGGUCCGUUAUCGAAGGAUGACACCAGAGGAAUAUAAAUCAAAUUGCUCAAACUUUAAAAUAAUUUAUGCUUUUCAUUCAACGCCUUUUGGAAAAUGCUUACUGGGCAUAACUAAUACUGAUAAAGCUAUAGUAUAUUUAGCAUUUGUCGAUAAAAGCAAUGAAGAAGGACUAACGAAAUUACAAGACAACUGGCCUCUAUCCGAGUUGAUAGAAGACACUAACAAUGAAACUGAUGAAACUAUACAAAAGAUAUUUAAUCAUCGAGUAUUUGUGGAUGAUUCAAUCUUGGUUGUGUUGAAAGGUACAGAGUUUCAAAUAAAAGUCUGGCAAUCUUUAAUGAAUAUUCCAGAGGGUACAACUACUACUUAUGAGAAAGUUGCUGAAAGUAUAGAUAAACCAAAAGCUAGUCGAGCAGUUGGAAAUGCUGUAAUGAAGAACAGUAUUGGAUAUCUUGUGCCAUGUCAUAGAGUGAAGGGGAAGUCUGGUAGUAGUAAAUAUGCAUGGGGUCCAGAACGUAAAGAAAGUAUUCUGAUACAUGAAAAAAAAUACGUGAAUACUUAAAUUUGUUACGUUGAUAUCAUCUAUUAUGCUACACUUAUUUUAUUUUUGUAUUUACAUGUAAUCAACAUUGUUCGUUUCAAAAAGAGUAAAAUGUAUGUAUAAACAGUUAUAACACAUAAUUUUUUAUUAUUUUUGUGUAGUAUAAUUACACCAAUUGAUGUACUGCAGACUUUGUAUAAUAUUGUAUAAAAAGAAAAAUAUAUUUUUAUAAAAAAAGGCAAGUUAUGUUUAUACAUCAAGUAUUGAAAUACUACACAGAAACAUUAAAACAUUUGUACGGAGUCUUAUAAGUAUAGAAUAUAACUUAUAAGUAUAGAUGUGUAUUGUGGCAGGAACACUAUGAUAUUAGGAUAAACUUUAUACUGAUAUUGUAGUCCUAUGAAAUAGUAAUAUAAAUUACACAUUUGUAAAAUUACAUAUUUUUAUAUUUGCUUCUGCAUAAUGAUUGAUGUAAUAGGUUAAUAAAAUUUUUAUAUUUUA